AUGAGCAACAUUCGGAAAGCAGAUGAUCAACACGGCUCUCCUGCUGCCAGCGCUGUGACUCAGGAAGUUGAGGCACGAUUAGAUAUCAGCUUGGGGCCGAAUCCCAAGCAUGCACAAGUUGGGUCUCUGUGUCAGUGUCAGAGUUUCACACCGUGGAGGUCCAGCCUGGAGAAGAUGUCACACUGAUGUGCUCCAAUCUGACCAAAUUUAUUACUCACAUAUUCUGGUUAAAACUGGCCGAAAGAGGAAAUGCUAGUUGCAUCUCACAUUUGACCAGUUCUGACUCCAAUGCUUCACUUUGUGCUGGAUAUAAACAUCGUCAAUUCAAAAUGACCUCCAACACCACAAACCUUUUUCUGAACAUCAAACCAGUGGAUUUCUCCGACUCUGGACUUUAUUUCUGUGGAUUUUACAGAGAUGGACACUCAGUCAUUUUCAGUGCAACGUAUUUACAGGUUCAAGGUAAGAUGUAAAUGCGUUAACAAAUAAACUGAUCAUCAUCCUGGGAAGUGGAAUGAUUUUCCUUGUCAUAGUCAUCAUCUGUCUGGUUGUCAGAAUCAGGAUACUUCAUGCA